UUUACCUAAUUAGUUAUGCAUUCUCCAUUAGAUUUUGACGUGUAAUUGAUCAGGAUAAACUUCAACAUGUAUAUAUUCGAAACAAACUCUUUUCACAUGAGAGGGUGCCGAUGACAAGGCCACAACAUAAUGUAACCCGAAUGAACCUCAAGCCUCGCCUGUUCGCAUCGGCCGCGUCAUUCUCAGAACUGCGAAUCACUCACAGUCCCACCAUCCUACAGCCAGUAUUCUGAAACGCUUUGCUCUCUCGCCAUCACUACUUCCAAACACUCUAGUUGGAGGUAUUCGUGAUUUUAAGAAUAUCUUUAUGGUUCUGGCGAUGGAUUAGUAAGAUUUUUAGAUUAUUAAAAGGAGGAACUGUCUUGAAAAUCCAUCUAGUCGUCUAUACGCAUAUACCAUGCAUCUUUAAGCUUUAUAUCUUUCUUUCAUGGGUAAAUAUUCCCUGGUGUUAUUCUUCAAGUCACAAAGAUACACAUAGAUGCUAAGUUAUCAGGAAGAUUCUCAGAUAAUUGUAAAAAUGUGAUGGUAAACAUUCACCUUCACACUCAGCCUCCGUCCCCGAGCGAGCCUCCAUCACAAUCUCCUCCGCUGUUGUCAACUUGUCGACCUGUUCAGCAUGGCAGCAGUGUGGGAGAGGCUUCAUUCCACACCCACGCUCUCCUCCACCGCCCACACCUACACCCAUAGGAAAUACACCCCCGUGGACAGCUUGGAAUGGACGCUGGAAUCUGAUUAUGACCACGAGAAGGAUCUGUUCAUGGACAAGCCAGCUGUCAUGUGUCGCCGCGGGGUGGACGGCAGAUCUUGCCAGGAGGAGCAAGCGCGGCGGGGGGCGCAGGAAGAGGGACAGUGGAGAACAGAGCGCCCGACACUGGACGCCAAACACUCGCCAAUAAGCCAGCGUUGUGCCGCCGUGGAACAGGCAGGACUGGCCGGCUCCCGCACUCCACCUGCUGGGCGGCGCCAGGAGGCUGGAGGAGUACUGGGGCCUCGGUUGUGGCGGAUACGGACCGAGGAUUCUCUCACCCACUACUUGCAAUACAGCCCCCGCGCCACACACACGCUCACGGUGCCCAAGGCUGCCCAGGGGUACGCCAGGAACCCCAUUGGUGCCUUCUUCACCUCAUAGUUCCUCCUGAAUACUCAAUCCUUCACUCUCAGCGAACCCCAUAGAAGCGAUAGUGUGUGUUCAUGUCAUGCACUUUUGUAUCUGUUUGUAA